UCUCUCUCUCUCCCUCCCUUGUGAAGUGAACAGAGGAGAGAGGAUCAUAAAAAAAGAGCCAGGAUCGGCGACAGUGACAGCGCCUGCGGCUCCGGCGCCUGUGCGCGAUCCUCCCUCUCACUCGCCGCCAACACUCGCACCAAUGCGCGCCCUCAGCCAUCUCCAGCAGACACCACCGCAUCACAACACUGCGCCCGCGGUCUGAAAUUCACUCCACUCGCUUUAUUGUUGUAGUUGUUGGGCAUACGACAUACGAGCAGCCAUAGAGACGCAAACACUCUCAUUUUAGUCCUUAAUCUGAAUGACGGGCGGACGGUUCGACUUCGACGAUGGCGGCACUUUCUGCGGUGGAUGGGAGGACGGAAAAGCCCACGGACACGGCAUCUGCACCGGCCCCAAGGGCCAGGGCGAAUACUCCGGGUCCUGGUCCAACGGGUUUGAGGUAGUUGGGGUGUACACCUGGCCCAGUGGAAAUACAUACAAGGGCUACUGGGCGCAGGGGAAACGGCACGGGCUCGGCGUGGAGUCCAAGGGGAGGUGGCUGUACCGCGGGGAGUGGAGCCACGGAUUUAAGGGUCGGUAUGGGGUUCGCCAGAGUCUCAACACACCUGCCAGGUAUGAAGGGACAUGGAGUAAUGGACUGCAAGAUGGAUAUGGGGUCGAGACGUACGGGGAUGGGGGUACGUACCAGGGCCAGUGGAUGGGCGGCAUGCGACACGGCUAUGGCGUACGUCAGAGCGUGCCUUACGGCAUGGCCACUGUCAUCCGCUCCCCGCUGCGCACCUCACUGGCCUCCCUCCGCAGCGAGCAGAGUAACGGCUCCGUUCUUCACGACCACAUGUCCGACAGCCCUGCUGGCACCCGUGGCGGCUUCGUCCUGAACUUCCACAGUGACAGCGAAGUGGGCUCCGGCAAAAAAAAGGGGCUUUUCAGACGGGGUUCACUGUUCGGGAGCCUCAAGCAGCUGAGGAAGUCAGACUCCCGUUCUUCCAUAUCCAGCAAACGCAGUUCGGCACGAAGCGACGCCACCAUCAGCCGCAUCAGCUCUAGCGAUGCAAACUCCACCAUUAGUUUUGGCGAUGGAGAAGUGGCUGAUGAGUACAUGCCGGCUGAGGACAACGUUGAUGCCACCACCACCGAGUCAUACAUGGGCGAGUGGAAGAAUGACAAGCGGAAUGGUUUCGGUGUCAGCGAGCGCUCCAAUGGGAUGAAAUAUGAAGGCGAGUGGAUAAACAACAAACGCCACGGCUACGGGUGCACGAUAUUCCCUGAUGGGACGAAAGAAGAGGGGAAGUACAAAAAUAACGUUUUGGUGCGUGGCAUCAAGAAGCAGCUUAUUCCCCUCAAGAACACCAAGACGAAGCAGAAAGUGGACCGUGCCCUUGAAGGAGCCAUAAGAGCGUCUGCCAUUGCCCGAACAAAAGUAGAAAUUGCCACCUCAAGAACCGCACACGCCAGGGCCAAAGCAGAGGCAGCUGACCAGGCGGCCCUGUCUGCCAGCCAGGACUCUGAUAUCGCCAGAGCAGUGGCUAGAGAACUGUCCCCCAACUUCUAUCAACCAGGUCCUGACUAUAUCAAGCAAAGGUUUUCCAGUGAGCCUAUCGAGAUUAAAGAAGUACCAGAAGAAAAGAAAGAGAAAUCACCUUCAGGAAGUCCGCACUUUUAUCGCAAAGGCACGACCCCAAACCAGUCCCCUUCCCAAAGCCCGGGACCCACACCACCUCCCUCUCCCCCUCUCAGCAAGAAAAAGCCCUUCUUUAACAGAAGUGCCCCAAAAGCCAUCAAGGAAAACAAGACCCCUGCUGCCGAAAGCCUGGCAGUGGGUGUCACCAAGGCUACUUCCAGGAUAUCAGACAAACAGGAAGUAAAACAGGAAAUAGUACCGGUAUCCAAACCCUCCAAGCCGCCGGCGCCAGUCGCCAAUGCCUCCAGCCCUGGGAAUGGUGAGCUGCACUCCCAAUAUCACGGGUACUUUGUGAAGGCGGAGGUGAUGAUGCCACCUGAUGAUCCAGAGGAUGAAGAACACCAUGCAACAUCGACUGCUCACACCAAGAUGCCCCCUGCUGCAAAGCAAUACCGCACACCGACCCCCAAACCAGUAAUGGCCAUAGAGAGCAAACCCGAACCCAAACUGAAGAAACAGGAAUCAUUGAAGCCAAAGAGCCUAGCAGAAACUAAGAAAGCCAGCAUGGAAUUACUACUGACAUUGUUGAGGAGGAGUCAGGUCCCAACUCAAUAUUGGUCAUACUAGUGAUGCUGAUAAAUAUUGGACUGGCAAUUAUUUUUGUUCAUUUCCUCACUUGAUGGCACAUUAAACUCAGAGGUUUUGUCAGACUGCGAGAGUAUGUGAGAGAGGAGGAGGAGGGAAGAGAAGAGCAUCAGAAUGGAUGAUGGUUUGUCAUUUGACAAGAGAGAGUAAUCUUCAAAUGUAAAACAGACUUAUUUUUAAAGAAAUAAUAUCUUUUAAAGAAAUAUGUUUUUUUUUUUCUUUUCUUUUUUGUGGUGGGGUAAACAUCUUUGAUUUACACUCAUUGGCUAUGUAAAUCGCUGUUUUUUCUGUUUUCUAUUUCUGUUUAUAUUCCAUCCUGACCUGAUACAUAUUAGAUGUAUUUAAAAUGUCCCCUUACAAUUUGGCAUUUGUUUAACCAGUAAAGAUUUAUUUGUCAUUUUGUUUCCAUUACCAAGAAGUUACAAAAAAGUUAAUCUCUAUACCAAGAAAAGUUACAAAUUGUGUAUUUUUAUAAAAAAAGAAAAAAAAGAAAGAAAGAAAAUAAAAACACUGCUGGUAUUUAAGAUGUUUUAUUGAAAAACAGUAUUCAAUUUAACCCUUUUGUGCUGUUAUGAUUUAAUAUCUAGCAUAGCUCUUCAGAUUGACCAUACAAAAAUUCACAACUGAAGAAUCAUUAAUUGCAAAUUCAAGAUAAAAAUUUGCAUAACAUUUUGGUUAAAUCAAAAAAACGGGUAAUAAAGACCUGCAACAGCACGAAAGGGUUAAAUACGACAUUUAAAAUGGCUCGAAUCAGUCAUUGUAAUAUCUUAACAUUUUUAAAUUGGUUUGAAUGUAUUGUUUUCAUUUUAAAGGCUGAACAUAUGGAAAAAUGUUGCUGAAAGUUUUGAUAUGAACUGUCCCACACACCUUAAUGAUAAUGAAACGUAUAUAUAGAUAUAUAUUAUUUUUUUGGAAAUUAUUGAUAUAAAUUAUAAUUAAAAAGAUGACUUUUCAAAGUU